CAUUUGCAUUCACAAAGAGCCAGAGUAUAGAGGGACCAAACAAAAUAAGAAUUAAAAAAGAAAAAAGAAAAAAAGACAUAGUCCUAUAUAGCUAGAACAAUAUGGCUGAAGUAGUCCUCUACGUUUAUGACAUGACCAAAACCGACGGGCACGAUGCACAAAACUUCGCCAUAGUCCAAACGAACAAACUCCUCAAAGACGGCAUCAGCUUCGGCGGCAUCUUCCACACCGCUGUCCAAAUCUACGGUAACGACGAAUGGGCUUAUGGUUACCGCAAGAACGGCACCGGUGUUUUCAGCUGCCCGGCUGGAAAAAACCCCAGCUACACCCUUCACGAGAAAAUUACACUUGGCAGAACUGAGUGUUCCCAUUCCAAAGUCAACAAAAUGAUAAAGGAGCUUAGCGACUCGUGGCCCGGCAACAAGUACAACAUCGUGUCCAAAAACUCGAAUCAUUUUAGCAACGAGUUGUUAGAGAGGCUUGGAGUACCUAAGCUUCCGAGUUGGGUGAAUAGAGUUACUAAUAUAGCUGAUGCUGCAAAGGAUGCAGUGGGGACUGUGCUUAAAGCGAAAGAUGAAGCUUUAAAACGUGUAAUGAAUCCUGUGAAUUUCGCUUUUGGCAGUGGAUCUAAGAAAUCAAGUAGUGCUAAAUCAGUAAAAGCUACCCCGUGUGAUUUUAAUAUUAAUAUCAACUUUAUCAGUGAAAACUUUAGGGUGUCUGCUCCUGAUAUGUAUAAUGAAGAGGAUACUGGGCCUGACAACAACCAGCCUGUCAAAGCUAUUGAAGGGCCUAAUGCUACUAUUCCCAUAAUUGAAGAGGUUGCUGAUGAUGAUGAGCCUGUAAUCAACAAAGAUGAUGACAAGUCUGAUGUUAUACACAGCGAUGACGAGCCUGCUGUUAUCCACAAAGAUGACGGGCCAACUAGUACUGUUAUUCACACCGACAACAAGCCCGUGCCCAUGCAUGCCUGAGUUUGCACUACUAUUUGAGUUUAAUGGAAACAGAGUUAAUUUCUUUGUUGGCAAUUAAAUAGAAACUGCUACUAUUUGAGUGGCCUUAGCUUGAUUGUAAAAUAGUUCUGUCUUUUUUCUUUUCUAUUUUUUUUUUUUUAAAGAUUUGACAUGUUUCUGUGUGUUUUCGUUUUUGUCUUGUUCACGUAAAACAAUGUUUGUGCCAGAUUUAGUUUUGGAAGAACUGGUUCUUUGUUUUGUA